AUGUUCCACAUUCUCACCGACAGAGGGUCAUCAGCUGACGUGUUAUUCACUCAGGCAUUCGACAGGAUGGGUGUUGAACGAUCCACGUUGCGACUGGUUCGUACCCCGUUGGUACGAUUCUCGGGGGGACAGAUACUCCCGGAGGGGAUCAUUUCUCUGCCGCUCACAGCCGGGAAUCAUCCGCACCAAGAGACAACAAUGGUUGAUUUCCUAAUAGUUGACCAGUCGUCCGUGUACAACGCUAUACUCGGUCGACCCUCUCUGAGUAUCCUCCGGGCCGUCAUAUCUACAUACCACCUCUCCAUGAAAUUUCUGACUGAGUCGGGAGUAGGAGUCAUCAAAGGCAAUCAGCAGGACAUGAGGCGUUGCUACAUGACAGCUGUAAAGAGACCCACUGAGAAAGCUCCAGCAGAAAUCCCUCAGACAGAGAAUGCUAAAGCCGACCUAUUAGCAAAACUCACCUCCGCCAACGAAGACGAUAUACCCAGGUCUGUUCCGGUUAAGUACGUCGCUAAACCGAGCAUCGAGGAACCAGUUAGUUCGAUCGUACAUACGAUCGACAUGGAACCUGCUUAG